AGUCGCAGAAAAGGUGGUGGGGUUGGAUCAACAAACUACAGCUGAGUUUCGAGCAGCUCGGAAAAUCGAAUCUCACCGCAGGUCGGACGCCCUUUGGCCGAAUUGGGCCGACCUGAGAGCGUUGCCGAAUCCCGCAGACAGUCGUCGGCAUCGGUCUCCCGCGUCGGGGCUCCUGUCAGGGCUCCCGCACAGCCCGGGUGGCAACAGCGACCGAGUGCGUCGCAGUUGGCGGUCGCGACCUCGACUCUGGCUGGCGAGAGAUGGUCUGAGGAAGUGGCCCUGCCGAUGGACGAGCCCAACCUGUGGCACCAUCUGCCCUUUCCCGCCGCCGGACUGGACGACGAGCAGGCGCCCUCCGCAGAGGAGCCCUCCUGCGAGUCUAAGAAGGACAUGGAGGAAGAAGAGGCAGGGGCCCAACAGGGUCCCAGCAGUUGCUGGCUCGAGCACUUCACCUACAGGGACUACCAACUGCUGCCCUGCACCUACGUCGUCCGACCGUCGGACAUGCUGGACGCCUACAGCUCGCUCGACUCGCACAGUGACUACCAAGGCUUCUUGGAAACGAUGCCGUUGAAUUACCCUCCAAAAAAGCACCAAGGCCCGCGGCUUCGAUUGACUGAAAACCCUGAGGAAGAGGAACUGGUCAAGAUGGCCAAGAGAGUCGGUCUGAUCCAGCAUCUGCCUACAGGCUCCUAUGACGGCUGCAGGAAAAAUAGAGAAUGCGUGAUAUGCAUGAUGGAGUUUAGUCUGGGCGAGGGAGUGCGUUACCUGCCGUGCAUGCACACAUACCAUAUCGAGUGCAUCAACAGCUGGCUGAUGCGUUCCUUUGUGUGUCCGUCGUGCCUCGAGCCAGUGGACGCCGCACUGCUCACUAGUUACGAGACCAACUAGCUUCAAAAAACGUCCGUUGACACUCUCAUAUCUGUGGUUAUUUCUUAGUCGAACGCUCGCGAUCUACAUAAUUUAUUAUUGUUCCCCCGCUAGCCUUAUUGUUUGUCUCCACCCGCGUGCGUUGUUGGGGCAGUCAGCCUUCGUCGGGCAGUGCUUGGAUCUCUGUUUUUUAUUGUCAGCAGCUUGAGCAGCUGCAAGGAUGGAAGUUCAUUUUAAAAGAACGGAUGAGGUGGCGUUUAGUAGAAUGUAUUUUCCUGAUGAUAUGAAAUAAUUUUGUUGUUUCUUGUGGGCCCAUACAAUGCCUAACUUAGAGUCCCCCCCCCCCCCAAUUAAUUGUUUGGAAUUUAAAUUUUAGAAGUUUUUUUAGUGAAGGAAAAGCAAAUAAGAGAAAUGUUCAAGAUUCACAAUUUUUAUUCUAAUGAAUAUAAUUGAUUUUUUGUGUAAUAUCAAUGAAAGGAAGGCACGCUGCCUGUUUCUAAACUGCAAAAAGUCAUUUGGUUUUUUAAACUUUUUGUGCUUUAUCUUAAAGUUUAGGCAUUUAGACAAGUUUCGUAAAGUACUCUCUCUUUAUUUAGGCAAAAAAAUCAAAAUCGAGUUCUUCUCGGCCCACUCUACUUCCCUAGGCUACAUGAUAAAUGUGAUGUGAGUGCAUGAAUGAUUUUCUGACAAAUGGGUUGUGCUUGCGAAAAAUGAAAACUUUUCCUCCACGCUAAUUACUGCGUUCUCUACAUCCCGUGAAGAAGUUAGCUUUGCAGUUGAAAGCGCCUGCAAGGAUUGUUGUGAUACACUCGAUGUUAUCUAAUUAAUGGAUAAGAAAUAUAAUUGUGUAAUUUUAAUAACGUCUCUUUGAUUACUCUGCUGUAAUAAUUCACGAUGUCAAGGGGAAUCAGUCUGUUUUGUAGAGCGAGUAAUCACCAAGUUUCCUUUCUAGUUCUGUCACUUUUCGGACGGGCCUCUCGUUGUUGCUGCAAAGUGAUUCUUAUGGGUGCAUGCGACGAGGAGGUGCUCAAAAAUUGCCAAAAUCUGAUUUUCUAUAAUGACUCUAGUGACGGUGAUAAAAAUUUAUAAUUAAUUAGAAGAAAAAAAAUUAAAUACAUGAAAAGAGCAUACAUGUAAUUGCCACAAAUAAAAGUUAUUUUCUGAUUUAGCCGAG